CAUUUAAUAUAUAUUUUAAUACAGUAGUUGGAUUACUCAUCAAAGUCUCAAAUAGUCAAAUUUCUCGGUUUCUCAAUCUGGUUCGCCGUGUUUUUCUAACCUUUCAUCGUCGUUGCGAUAUUGCGUUAGCUCGCGUAGAGGGGACACAGAGGAAGGAGGAGACCUUUAGUUGUCACAGUAUGAAGAAUUGAAGAUAGUGGUCGAAGAGGGGACACAGAGGAAAGAGGAGGCCUUUAGUUAUCAGUUUGUGAGUGUUGUAAUGGCUUUAUCAAUAAAGUUUGGAUUUUCAACUGGGUCGUGCUUCAAAGCAGCAAACCCACCUGUUCUCAUCUCGGCAAGCCCUAAGAAGAUCAAUUUCAGUAAAAGAUUCUUAUUUAGAGUCUCUGCUGUCUCGUAUAAGGAUUUCGCAGAGUCUGCUCUGGAAGAAACCAGGAAAAGGAUCGUUCUUGAACCUUCACCUCUCCAGGAAAGGUAUAGUAGCAUUACAGGACUGGAUGGGAAAACUGAACUUCAAUUGCUUGCUUUCAGAUCCCCAAAGAUUAGACUUUUACGGAGCAUGGCCAUCGAGAAUGAGACAAUGCAGGUCUUUGACUUUGCCGGUUUCAUGGAGCCUGAGUAUGAUGCGCCCAUAUUCUGUGCUAACUUCUUCACAUCUGCUAACACGAACAUAGUGGUGUUGGAUCUCAAUCCUUUGCAUCAGUUAACUGACCAGACGGAUUACCAGGAGAAGUAUUAUAACAAGAUAAUGUCCAUAUAUCAUAAAUAUGCUGAGACUUUCCCAUGGGGAGGGAAAUUGACUGGUGAAUCCAUAAAGUUUUUUUCUCCUUUGGUGAUGUGGACCAGGUUUUCUUCUAGCCAAGAAAAACAUGAGGCUUUGUUCUCUGCGUUCCUCGAGUACUAUCAGGCAUGGCUUGAGAUGACAAUCCAAGUGGGGGAUGAGAUGGAACCAUCUCAGGUGAGAGCCAAUUGUGAAGCACAACACAAAUACCUGACAUGGCGAGCACAGAAGGAUCCUGGACAUGGUCUUCUUAAAAGAUUAGUUGGUGAAGCAAAGGCAAAGGAGCUGCUAAGGGAUUUUCUGUUCAAUGGGGUCGAUGAGUUAGGCACAAAAACAUUCAUUGAUUACUUUCCAGAGUACGAAACAGAAGAUGGAACUGUAAGUGACAAACGAAGCAUCGUCGGGAAGUCAUAUGAAACUCGUCCUUGGGAUUCAACAGGAAACUUUAUCGGCUAACUUCUCUUGUAGCUUUUAUCCAUGAUUUCUGUGAACAAAGUUCGAUUUCAGCUUUUAGACAUCAAGUCAUCAACACAACAUCAAGUGUACUCAGGGAAGUAGGAAUAAGAAAGAUCAGCAUGAAGAUGUAUCUUCUGCUUGCAACUUGCAUUGUAGUAAACCAAUGAGUCAGCUAAAAAACCAAUUUUCCAAGAAUCAAAACAUUUUGUGGAUUUAUAAUAACAGAAUUUUGUAUU